GUAGUACCGGGGGCGGGGCGAGUGAGACGAGCAAAGCGGGCGAGCUGUGCGCACACUUGCGCCGCACGCUGGCCAGCGAGGAGGGCGCGCGAGCAGUGCUGCACUACUACAUGCAACGUCUCGCUCACUCCCACAAACACACGCGUGCCGCAGCUAAUAGGGGUCUCAAACUAGUGCUGUCGCAAUCCGAAGAUACCGUGGAGUUGGAUUACAAUGCGGAUGUUAGUCCUGAUGAGUGGCUGGGUCUGCUGUGGCAGCUGCGACACUGGGGCGCGGUGCGGGGGGAGGCGGUGGCGCGCGUGCGGGCCGCCUGCCUGGUGGAGUGCGCGCCGCGACACCUGGCGGCGUAUCUCGCCUUCCUUGCGGACCACGUCGAUGCCACCCCUGAACUGGAUCAUACGGAUAUUGUACUUGAUUUGAGCCAAGUGUUGAUGGAGCGGACCACGGUGACCCACUGCGUGCUGCCGCCGGUGGAGAGUCGCGAGGCUGGAGGUGCUCGCGACGACCGCCUGCGCGACCAGCACCGCGCGCUGCACUCACUCACGCGCAUACUGCACGCGCAUCUCAGACAAGUAAUAUACACAUUCCCUACUAUCUAUUUGUAUACUGACUAA